AUGGCCCUCGUAGAAAUUUCUAAUCGCCGCUUGACCUGGCUGGGUGUUGUGAAAGCCUUGGAAGAGUACUUGACUUCGGAAGACGAUGAGCUAAGGAGGAAAGGCGUUGAUUUUCUGGCUUCAGUGCUCGUCAAAGCACCGCCAAGCUCCUUUAAUGUGCAGUCGACGCGGGUACUCAUCUUGUUCAUGAAUAGCAAGCUAGAAGACACGGAGACCAUCAUUCCAGCAUUGAAGGGUCUUGUUCCUCUUAGUGCGCUUCCUGCCGCGGAGGCACCGGUUAUCGUCCGAGCCCUUUACUCGCACGUGAAGAUGCAGGCUUUGGUCCAGUCUGUACGAUACAAUGUCUUCACCAUCAUCGACACGCUCAUGGCCAAGCAUCGGGAGGACCUCAGAUCAAUCAACAACGAAUUCCUCGACGGCUACAUCCGCCUCGCGGAUGGCGAAAAGGACCCGCGAAACUUGCUCGUCGCUUUCGCCAUAGCGCGAGUCAUUCUCAUCGAGUUUGACAUCACGCCUUUUGUUGAGCGCCUGUUCGAAAUAACGUACUGCUAUUUCCCCAUCACCUUCCGCCCACCGCCCAACGAUCCAUACGGGAUAACGACAGACGACCUUCGCGCAGCGUUGAGAAAAUGCCUAGCUGCCACACCCGCCUUCGGGCCAAUGGCGAUCCCUAUCUUCCUGGAGAAGCUGAUGGCUGGUACUCCGGUGACGAAGCGCGACGUCCUGCAAACGAUGACCCUCUGCAUCCCGGUCUACGGCGCCGCCGUCGCGCGCGCUAACGCACGCAAACUUUGGAAUGCGCUCAAGCUAGAGAUCUUCCAGCCGACCGACCACGUCACCGAAUCUGAGGCAUUGAAGACUACCCAGGAGCUCGUCAAGACGAUCUACGAGGAAUCACCGUCGGACGACAGCGACAUUCAGGGCCUCGCGCGCGAUGCCUGCGAAGAGUGCAUCGGCAUCCUCAAGGAGCCCGAAAAGAGCCAGGCGAAAUACGCGAUCAAGGUUCUGUGCGCGUUCAUGUCCACGACGCCUUCCGUCUCGCGCUUCACCCUCUUGCAAGUCGUGCCACACCUCCUGAAGCUGUUCAACACGCCCGAUGAGCUGUCGACGCGGCCCGCCAUCCUGCAGCUGCUUUCAGAGGUAAUCGCGGCUAGCAGGGACUCUAGCCUCAAGAGCGAGGGUAUUGCAGAAGUCGCUCUCGCGCCCUACAAAGAUGAAGUACUCGGCAUCCUCACAGUCGGCCUCAAAUUGUCCUCCUCUCGCUCGUCGGCUUUGUCUGGCCUCACUGGCUUAGUGACCACCCCCGGCCUCAUCACGGACGACGAGGUCGGCUUCAUCGUACACAACCUCUCUGAGCUCGUGCAAGCAGGGUUGGCGGAGGAAGAUGAUGCAGGCGACGAAGUCCUCACACUCCUCGCCAAAAUCUCCGAAACUGCCCCCCGGCACGUCGAAGAACAACUCCUACCUAUGCUCUUCGCCGCCCUCCCUGACCGUGCGCCCCCGCGCGACGCCGACUCCGAGCGCGUGCGAAUCUUCCGCGCCCUCGUCGCGCUGAAGGCCCUCUGCCAGCAGCCCGCCCUCUUCGGCACCCUCGUCUCGCGCGUGACGACCAAGCUCGACCUCGUCUGCACAGCGUCCAUCCCCGAAGGCGAGACAGAUCUUACUAUCGCAUACGCCCACGCCCUGCUACGCACACUCUCGCAGACGCUCUCCGCCAAGGUCGACGCAGGACACGUCGACGUCGUCAAGUACAUCGACCGCCUGAUUCCUCUUCUGUUCAACCUCUUCAUCUACUCCGCCCUGACAAACUUGACUGUCGGCACCGACUGGCGCUUGAUCGCAGUUGCGGGCGGCAUCAUUACUAUGGUGGUGCAGGCGUUACCUGUGGCCCGACAAGAAACCUUCGCGAAUGCCCUCUUCGGAGCAUACGCCGGAGGCGACCUCAAGGGCAUCGCAGAUGGCCAACAGAAAAUCCCUUCCUCGCCACCAUUUGAGCCUUUGAUCGACUCCGCCCCCGCGCCACAGAAGGGCACAGUAGCAUUGCUAGCGUCCUCAGUAGUUGCUUUACGUCCCGAGGUGGCGGCACCUCCCCCGCAACCCGCCAGCUUCGUCGCACAGACACUCUGGUGGGGUCUCAAAUCCGCGGAGACUGAGCUGCAAAGGUCAUCGGCAUGGCACAUCUGCGCAUCUAUCGUCAACAAGCGCACGGCGGACGUGUCGUCGUUUCUUGAGGCCGACCUCAAUGAUUUCUGGACGACCGUGGUAGCAAACCAAAGCGUCGGGGUCUCGCAGAGGCAUGAUGCUCUGCAGGCAUGGGCCUGGAUAUGCAGGGCAUUGCUCGUUCGUAACCACGCCGCUGCAGGUCCACUCAUCGAGCGUCUCUUCACCCUUUUCAAUGACGAGAACGUUGGCUGGGACGCUGCUCGAGCAAUUGGUCAGAUUGGCAGGACAGAUGAUAUUUUGACGAAGCGCAAUCAUGCCGUCGUUCGGAUCCUCUACUUACAAAAAUAUGUGAACAACGUCUUGCCAGGCCUCAUGAAAGACGCCGCAGGACAUGACAACGCAGUUGUGCAGACUGCCAGCCUCGUCGCUGUCACGGCGUUGAUAACUACGGUGCCGAAAGCGACUUAUGCACAAGAACUAGAAUCGCUGUACCCACUCCUCCUGCGCGCCCUCGACUUACCUGACCACAACAUUCGGGCCAACGUCAUCGAGACUCUGCUCGCCAUUAACAACGACGACGCUCCAGAGAGCAGCAGAGCCUCCGAGCACGCAUCAACGCUCGUCUCGGUCAUGCUCAAAAAUUGCAUAGCGGCGACUAUGCCGUCCACGCGCGUCCGGAUAGCCGCCCUGCAAUAUUUGGGGAUCCUACCGAAAAUCCUUAUGCGUGAGGUACUGCAAAGAUACCGGUCAGCGGUGGUCAAAGAACUCGCCAAAGCGCUGGACGAUCCGAAGAAGGCCGUGCGUAAAGAAGCAGUCGCGACAAGAACGAAAUGGUUCACGGCGUGA